CCAGUAACAGUGGAAAUAGAAUCUCCAAUAAAAUCCAUUUCAAAUAAUGACACUGGAAGUAUAGAAAACAGAAAGAAAACAGAUUAAAAAAACAUAUUGAGACUAAUAAAUUAUAACAUUUAACUACACAUUUAAUAUUUGAUCAUGGCAACUGCUAAAGAGGAAACUACAUUACAGAAUAAGGAUAGUAAAUUAGAAAGACAGAAUGAAAAAGAGAAGAAGAUUACAGAACUUGAUGCAGAAAAUACUGAAAAUGUAGCCAGAAUAGACCAAUCUAUUCCUAAGAGUGACUCAUCUAUUGAUCAACAGUCGCGUGUAACUCAGACAGAUCCUGAGGAUACAGAAACUGUGGAACUGUUAAAAAAUCAACUAGGUGUAUUAAUGAAUCAGUUAAGUACCUUGUCAGCCGAAAAAUCGAAAAUGGAGGCAAACUUUCAAAUCGAUAAGAAGCAACUGAGAAGUGAACGCGACGAAUGUGAAAAAGUAAUCAAAGAUUUGAAAGAAAGACUGAAGAAGACUCAAAAUGUUAAUCAUUCCGAAGUUGAACAUAUAAAGUGUAAAUUGAUUAUGGAGCGACACGAACGAGAAAAGGAACAAGCCGAUUUUGUUAAAAAGAUUAAAGAGUUGCAGAAAUUAUUAUACGACGAGCAACGUAGCAAAGAACAAUUGGAAGGUCAAUUAAAGACACAUCUAGCAAACAAAACGCAAUGCAAGAUUCUUGAGGCUGAGCUGGAAAUUACCAAAACCAAACUCAAACAAGCUGAAGAAGCUGCAAAAGAAACACCACCACAUUUCCUCUCUCUGCAAGCUGAGAUGGCUAUGAUGAAGAAGCAACACUUAAAUGCGAUUCGUGAAGAGCAAAAACGAGCCUCUGCUGCAGAGCAGCAGGCGAGAGGAUUAGCCAUGAAACACGAAGCGAGAGUAGCUGGCUUGGAGGCUCGACUGGCUGAACUUUCUGAGAUUGUCGGAAGUUACGACAGAUUGAGACAACAGGAUCAAUUAGCCAUACAGAAAUUGAAGGAUCAGCUGGCUGCGUUGCAAGACACCGAUCACAAUGAAACUGUAACAUCGAAUAAUCAGGCAGAGGAAAUUAUUUCUAACAUAAAGGCCUUGUACACUCGGUUACUAGAUCUUGACAAUAAGAAAAAAGACUCAACCUUUGUAAAAUCAUUAUUGGAGAGUUUAGAUUUACGAGAUGAAAAUUCUGUCUACAAAGAGAAGUACGAUGCACUUAUGCAAGAAUUUGAGGACUAUAAGCAUCAAGUAAAGUGUAAAUAUAACAUGUCUAACGUACUUCGUAGCACUCAGCAACAAAAUUUGUCUUUGGCGCACGAUAAAGAUCACGAUAAAACUCAGUUGAAUCUUCUCAAGGUUCACAACAGCAAUCUAGAAGAAAGAAUACGUAUGAUUAGUAAUGAAAUGCUAAAUAAAGAAAGAGCUUUGCAAGAGCAAUUGGAACAUCAACAAAAAGUGUUUCAUGAAGAACGAUUGAAACUGGAGAAUACCUUGCAUCAAAAAGACAAUGAAUAUCGCAAUAGAAUCUCGACAUUAGAACAGCAACUAUUACGACAAAGAGAGAGAUCUAUGGCUCUUGUAGAGGAGAAAGAUAAAGAGAUAAUUACCUUAAAAGCUUCAUUUCGUGCAUUAUUACCUAACAAAGAAACUGCGACAGAAAAUAAGACUCAUAGACACGAGGGUACAGUCGAGCCAGUUUCCGACUUGGUAACAGGAUUGUUGACAAACGACAGUCCUCUGAUACUGCAUUAUACUCAGGAAUUGUCCAGGAAAGAAGUGCAAAUGUCGUCAUUGAGGAAACGGAUUCUGGAGUUGGAAGCGACAUUGAGAGAGCAGCAAAGAGAAAUAGUCCAUAUAAAAGAACAACAACAAGAAGAGACUAAAAUGUUAAAAACGCAUAUUACUAGGUUGGAAGCGUGCAAGUCAAGAGAAGGUGCUAAUCUGGAAUACCUGAAGAAUGUAUUUAUAAAUUAUUUGACAACAAACGAUGCAUCCAGUAAGCGACACAUGUUAAAUGCUAUUUCAACGGUAUUGCGUUUCACACCAGACGAACUAAGUAAAAUUAAACAUUAACAAUAAAUAAAAGACAUACACGAACACCUUGUAUAAUUGGCUCGUACAGCCUUUUCUUCUCCAUAAUAUUAACAAUAGAUGUUUAUUAUAUCAAUAUAUUUCACUAAUGUAGAAAAAAUAACUACACGCGAAUAUUGUCUAAAUACAGUUUACUUAUUGAAACUAA